GUUGCGGUCUCUCCGCAAGCAGCGUGGUUCGUUUGGUAAGAAAUGAGCUCGCGCGAAUGCAAAUAUUGGAAACAAGUGUACGUUUUUUAAGAGGGUUUAUAUCGUCUUGUUAGCUGGUCGUCUGUUCUUAAAGCUGUCAGUGAACACAUAUGCUGUAGCCUCCAAUUGAAAUCCAAAUUGAAUAUCAGUGCCUGGGAAAAUGACGAAGUUCGGAGCAGUCGUUGUUACGGCAGGUGUACUGGGUUUUCUCAGCUUCGCAUGUCUUGCUUUGGCAAUCGGAAGCGAGUACUGGUACAUAAUAGAUGUGAAUACUAACUGCUCGAACAGCCAAUCUGUAGUAGGAGUGCAGAGUUCUCAUGCCGGAUUAUGGAGAAUCCAUGAAGGACACAACCUGUAUGUCAUCUCAUUGGAGACGUCCAAUCACACUGCGCUGGAGAAACACCUUCUGAGUUUGCACAGAGCCGUGGUGAUACUUUUGCCGAUGAAUCUGUUGUUGCUCGUAGUAGGUGGCAUCUGCACUCUCUUCAGCGCCCUCAUGUACAGUAGUUGUCUUCUCAAGGCCUCUGCUACAUACCUGCUUCUCUGCAGUGUGCUUACCCUCUCUGGCGUGAGUAUCUACGUCAGCUACUCCCAGCAGGCCCUCGCAGAGGUCCAGCGCACGGUGGACGAGGCGACGCUGUCUCAGGUGGACCCAUCCUUCGGCUGGUCUCUGACUGUGGCCUGCCUCUCGUUUGGCCUGCAGGUGGCCUGUGGGAGCGUCCUGCUGGUGGCUGCCGGGAUAGCCCAGAGGCCGGCACGCUCCGCCAACCCCACCCUCCCCCUGCAUCAGCUGGAGAUGCAGCCCAGCACAAUAACGUCUCUCUGAGGGACUGAACUCAAGUUGAGAGCAAAGACAUUGAUUGAGAGGAGGCAUGCCGUCAGCAUGGCUGUGGUUUCUGUAGAACGCACCACAAUGGACUCGGAUGGAGUCAAAUCUAUAGAUUAUAUAUUGAUGUGAUGUUGAAGUUAUUUCUGUUGUCAGAUAUCACAUUGUCAUUACUGCACUGGAUGAAACUUUUCCUCACAACGGAAAGUCAAGGCACUGUUGUGAAGUUGAAGAAUCGAUCAUGGUGAUUGAAUAACAGGGAUCCACUUUUAAUUUGAUGACAGUGGAAUGAAGAACCAAAUGCCAAUCAACUGCCAUCUCUGAAGAAGUCUGUUAAGCUGCUCAUGCGUAUUUGUUCUUGUCAUGGUAGUUUGAUUGUAAUUUAAAUGUGUGAUUAUCUCAUUUGAUGAACAAUAUUUUAUUCAAAGUGACCUUCAACUGUGUGCAUGCUUGAUAGCGUCUGAACUCAUUGACUCUUCCAUCACCAUACAUCAGAAACGAUUAUUCAGUGGUGAUUUAAUUAUGCAUGAAAUGUCACUGAACAGAUAAUAGUAGUUGCAUUUAUCUAGAGGCCAUUGGUGUAAUUGUGUAUCUUAUUCUGUGUAAUAGGUCAGUUGGUACAGACAGAUUGUUUUAUCCAUCCUGGGCUUCAUCUCUCUGGACAUUUUACGCUGCCGUACAUCUUGUCAUAGUUGCCACAGCUCAAAAAUGUCUCUUUGGAAUUUCUAGGAAGGACUUGCUUCCACCAUGUUUGCCUAACAUCAAAUGGCUAUUUUGAUUACUUUCAGUCUGGUUUUCGGGCA